GCUCAGAUGUUCUUUGGAAGUGCGCUGGUUAAGUCGUCGGAAAAGCGCUGAGAAGCGAGUGCAGCUAAAGAAAAAUCUAGCCAAUUCACAAGUAAAAGUGUUAGCCAGUUUGCAAUACCCAACACUGUUGAGUUGCAGUAGUGCAAAACAGAAAAAAGAAAAAAAGUGAAGAAAUUGACAAGAACAAUUACGAGGACAGCAAAAUGCCGGUCGAUAUAUGCAGUCAACCGCACAAUUUGCUCAGUUCAAUGAGCGGAACAACAGAUACCUCGUUGACGCUGAACUCAUUGUCCCUGACUUCCGCUCUGCCGCCGACGGAUCCCGAUCACAACAAUCCACACAAUCCACACAGUUCGCACAACAUGAACAAGCUGUGCCGCCAAGUGUCAAUUGAGUCGCCCGGGCCGGGCGCCAAGAACUGCGUCUUCAACUUCUUCGUGCCCAUCGAGGACACGCCGGCGAUGGGCGCCCGCAUCCGGAUCGUGUGCGCCGGAGCCUGCUACCGUCGCCGCGAUCGCGCCAACUCCAUCACCAGCAUGUCCUCAGUGUCCUCGGAGCUGAGCGACUACUGUCCGUCGGUGAACUCGAUGUCCUCGCCCGCACACCAGGGCAUCCGGGAGGGCUCCUUCUUUCCCGGCUUCGAGGUGGCCGGCGUCAUCGAGUCUUUGGGCUCCGAGAUCACCGAGGCCAACAACCGUGGCCUGCGCAUUGGACAGCGCGUGAUCGUCUAUCCGUUCGAUGAGACCCCAGCCGGCUAUGCCGAGCUGCUGGUCGUGCCGGACCUGAAGCACGUGGUGCCCAUUCCCGACAGUCUGCCCAUGGAGGUGGCCGCCAUGCUGCCGACGGGCGCCCUGCUCGCCUGGAACGCCGUCUUCAAGGCCCAGGCCGUCGUCACACAGAUUCUCAGCCAGCGUGCUGCCACGGAGCCGAAGCGGAAGCCCAAGAUCCUCAUCGUGGGCACUGGCGGCCUGGCGCUCUGGGCCGUGCGCAUCGCCUCCUAUCACUUCGCCACAACUGGAGCCGACAACGUGGACAUCACAGUGGCCAGUCUGCGUGACGAGGGCUUCCGCCUGGCCACAGAGAUCAAAAAUGUCAGCGUGGUGCAGUGGAACGAAUGCCUGUACGAGCCGCAGCUGAUCGAGCGCACCAAGGACGUGUGCGGCGGAGCCGUGGACGUGGUCAUUGACUUUGGCACAACCUCCAGGAGUCUGCACCGCUCGAUGCACUGCCUCUCGAAGGGCGGCGUGGUGCUGAUCAGCGACGAGGUGGCCGAGAAGCUGCUGCCCAAGUUCUCGCGCCUGUCGGAGCAGUACCAGCAGGAGAUCAUCGCCAUCUCGAACGGCACCGCCGAGCAGCUGGCUGAGCUGGUGGAGCUGGUGGCCAACAAGAAGAUCGAGCCUCCGCCGCACUCCGUCUUCCCCUGCGAGCAGGCGGCCGAGGUCAUCGCCAAGCUGUGCAACUCCGAGAUACCCGGACGUGCCAUUCUCCGCUUCCACGACAUAGAGUAGGUGAGGCAUGGAGGAGCGUAGGCGCGGAGGCGCGGAGGGAGCGAGAUCGGAGGACAUGGUUCCCCAUCAAGGCAUUAACUCAUUAAAUAUGGAUAUCUGUUAGCUGUAUUCGGAAGACACCCGACAAAACAACCUGCAACCUGCGACACUCUCGAAGCGGAUUCAGAAAUGUGCUUAUUUUGUAGCCGGUCAAUGUUUUGUAACCUUAAUUUUGGACUGCAGACGAACUCCUCGUUUUAUUUGAUUUAGCGUUUUAGGCAUUUUUAGUAUUAUGUACAUAUAGAUUGUGAUUUAUUUUACUCGUAAGCCACCACAAUGAUUCUACUUUUGCAAAGUCACCCAUCACAUCGCCAUAUUAGCCGGAGUCGAGAUCCGGCGGCUUCUUCAAUGAUUUUCGAUUAAGCAAAAAGCCCAGCAGAAGCGGAUUACAAAAUAAAUGUUAUACAUACUAUACACGAAAUUGUUACGCAUGCGAUGCAAAUGUUUGAUUCAAUUGCUUGAUGUUUGUACUCAUUACGUACCCAACAUUAUACUCUACUCUUAUUCACAAAUAAAAACCAUUAACUAUCAA